AUGGUCACCAUCCUCCACUUUCCUCCUGUCGAAUUUGCAUCGACGGGCUCAAAGAUGCGCCCAGCCUUCAUCAUUUUGGAAAACAACGCCGCUCUCCUCAGCUGCCAUCGUUGUCUCUCCGACCUGGAAACUCUGCUUCCCACCGAUGCGGGUGUUGGCCUUCCCCGUCGCCGCCUUACCAUUGCAGAGCUCGCUUGGCCCUUGAAGCAAUCAAAGGCUAGGAAGACUCUGGUUGAGCUCUCGCAGCACAAGGUUACCCUCCUCCUGAUUAUAUCAGGUGAUGUACUGCAUGAGUUGCGCGCCAUCAAGACAACGCUGCACAAGAUUCAAAAUAAUGUCACUGAAUCCGAGCGUCGUAGCAUUCAGACUUGGCUGGAGCAGACGAAUCCGUCACGGCUUCACAAUGCUGCCAUCAGUAAACACGAACCAGAGACAUGCGCAUGGCUGACACGCUCUGAUGGAUGGAACUUGUGGACGUACUCGACAUCUCCUUAUGGAAUGCUCUGGAUUUACGGAAUACCUGGUGCUGGCAAGACGGUAUUGGCCUCCUUUGCCAUCGAAAAGAUCAGGCUCCUUUGCGAAGGCGCCACCAACUACGUUUACGCUUAUUACUAUUGUCAUUGCUACAACGCCCAAGACGAGGCUAUACCACUGCUGAGAUGGGUAGCCGCCCAGGUUUCUCGACAACUCAGCUGGGCUCCUGUCGAGCUCAAACGCCUCCAUGACAGAGGUUGUGAGCUAACCGUCCCAGAGCUACAACACAUUCUUGAACUUGCCCUGGCACGACUGGAACGGUUAUUCAUUAUUGUUGAUGCAGUUGAUGAAAGCAUGCCGAGGGACGAGAUAAUACGUCUAUUUGCGACAAUAUCUCUCGACGCCCGAUUCUAA